CCAAUCGGGAUCCGCAAGACUGGGCAGGCGCAGUGUGGGGGAUUGGGGGCGGUGUGUCGCUGGGUCUGCGCAGGCGCCGAGUCGAGUCAUCAGGGUGGCGGCACCGCAAAGGCGAGUUAAAAAAAGGGAGGAUAGCUCAAAGAAACGAAAACAAAAACGGUUUCGACGAUGGAGUCCUAUGAUAUCAUUACGAACCAGCCCGUGGUUAUCGACAAUGGUUCAGGAGUUGUCAAAGCUGGAUUUGCUGGUGAUCAGAUCCCCAAAUACUGUUUCCCAAAUUAUGUGGGACGACCAAAACAUGUUCGAGUGAUGGCUGGAGCAUUAGAAGGUGAUUUGUUCAUUGGACCUAAAGCUGAGGAACACCGAGGUUUGCUCUCGAUCCGUUAUCCCAUGGAACAUGGCAUUGUGCAAGACUGGAAUGAUAUGGAAAGAAUUUGGCAAUAUGUUUAUGGCAAGGACCAACUGCAGACCUUCUCUGAGGAACAUCCAGUGCUCCUCACAGAAGCUCCGUUAAAUCCAAGCAAAAACAGAGAGAGGGCAGCGGAGGUGUUUUUUGAGUCAUUUAACGUUCCUGCACUCUUCAUCUCGAUGCAAGCUGUUCUGAGUCUGUAUGCAACAGGCCGGACUACAGGUGUCGUGCUUGACGCUGGGGAUGGUGUGACUCAUGCUGUCCCAAUCUAUGAAGGUUUUGCCAUGCCACAUUCUAUUAUGAGGGUGGAUGUUGCAGGCAGGGAUGUGUCCCGUUACCUGCGCCUGCUCCUAAGGAAAGAAGGAUAUGACUUCCAUACAACUGCAGAGUUUGAGGUUGUUAAGACAAUUAAGGAGCGGGCCUGUUACCUUUCCAUAAAUCCACAGAAAGAUGAGACGCUGGAGACUGAGAAAGCACAGUACACUCUGCCUGAUGGGAGCACUUUAGAGGUGGGACCUGCCCGAUUCCGAGCUCCCGAGUUGCUUUUCAAACCUGACCUAAUUGGAGAUGAGAGUGAAGGGAUACAUGAAGUGCUGGCGUUUGCUAUUCAAAAGUCAGACAUGGACCUUCGCAGGACUUUAUUCUGCAAUAUAGUUCUGUCUGGAGGUUCCACCCUGUUCAAAGGUUUUGGUGACCGGUUACUCAGUGAGGUUAAGAAAUUGGCACCGAAAGAUGUGAAAAUAAAGAUCUCUGCACCACAAGAGAGGUUGUACUCCACAUGGAUAGGUGGAUCUAUUCUCGCUUCCUUAGACACAUUUAAGAGAAUGUGGGUAUCAAAGAAAGAGUAUGAGGAGGAUGGAGCACGUGCAAUCCACCGGAAGACGUUUUAACGUUGCAGGAACUGUUUGAAGUUGGCGUGCUGCUGCGUAAGCUUCAUCUCCAAUCUGUACAACAUAACCAUGCAGAAUGAAUAAUGGACAAGUAAUAUGAGAAUUUUUGAUGUAUACAAAGAAAGGGUUUGGACACCACUUACGAAAACAAACUUGCUGUGUGCAUCCCCUUCAGGAUUUGUGGAUAUUGAAUCAUACGUUUUGAUUUCAGUAGUGGGGAAGAAUUUUAGGCCAAUAUCUGGCUCUGGUUUCAACCUUGCUAUUUAACAGAGGAUGUUAUCUGCACUUGUUGAAUGAAGGAAAUUACGGAAUUUCAUGCGUUUACUACACCACCACCCCUCCCCCUUCCUCCCUGCCCCAACCCUCUCCAGCCACUUUCACUUUGUAAAUCACAGGGGGCAUCAGUAGUUUACUGUUGGGAAGGUCUUAAGAAGCUGGUCUGGGAGUCUAAGUAGGAAAUGGAAAGCUACCAAAACCAGAGUUCUGUGUCCAUGGGUAUUCUUGCCAACAGUCAAGCCUCUGCUAAAUGUUUUGCAAUUUCUUUCUCUGGUGACUCAACAGCACUGCAAAUGUUAAUUGCCAUGAGCAGAAAAUGGUUAACACAUUAAACACAGGAACGAGCACUUUACUUGCAGUGGUUCGGGAGGGAAGAAGGUGGCUAUCUGGGGACUAUUUGACAAUAGUCACAGAUUUAGUCUCGCACUGAAUAAAGUUAUUGAAGGAUUAUUUAAUAAUUGGUAAUCAUUCUUCCUAUCACAAUGUAAAUAAUUGUUUGGCUUCCUGGCAAAAAAAAAAUAAUUUUGAAAGUUUCUCAUCUUCUCACCACCCCCAAUUCUUAGCCAAGUUGUUUUAGGAAUUUAUUCCUCAUUGUGUAAUAACUAUUCUUCACAAGGAAGAGGAAACCAUUUUGUUUCCAAUUAGGAAAUUUUAAAACUGAGCUGACCUAUUCCUCGUAAACCAGGCUGCUUUUGAUUACAGCUUCAGUAGUUAAUUAGCCACUGUAAAUUCAAUACUUACCUUUGAGAUCUGCAUAUGGUAGAAAGACUGACUACAGUAAAAUGCUUGCUGGAGAUUAGUUCUGCAGUUUGAGAGCUUUGGUUGGGCGUGGUUCUGUGCUGAACAUGUUUGGGAAGCAGUAUUGCACUGACAUCUAAUAGGCUUGGACUUAAAUCUGCACAUUUGUAAUGUGGUCCUAUUUCCCCUUCACUGUUGCCCUUGACCAGCUUGUUGCUCCAGGGAACGUAGGAUCGCUGCAACAGGAGUAGGCCAUUCAGCCCUUUGAGCCUGUUCCAUUGAUGGAGAAGGGAUUCAACAUAUAACAGCACAGUGUGGACAAAAAGCAAAGCCCGUCAGAGGAAGAGAUGCGAUGGAGUGGUGGGGGGGUGGAAAUGUGACAAAUACUUUUUCUUAGUCUUUGAGUCUUUCUGAUCAGUAACUCACUGUCAUGUUCUGACUGAGAUGGGUGGAAAUGGGGAUAAUGGAAUUAUGCCAGUAGAAAUUACUUGAGCAUGUGAGGGCAAGAAAUUGGGAGGAUUACUGUGUUAGAGCAAGGAAAUAAGUCUGACUGGAUUGCUGUAAAUAUAUGGAACCUCUGUCUGAAUGCCCUCCUUUGUGUUGUAGUGGCUAUGACUCCAUGAUUUGGAUAUCUUCUGUGGUGCUGGGAAGGCUGAGCUAUUAGACUUUCCAUGCAAGAUGAUGGACCUUGUUUAAAAUAUCUGGUACAAAGACAAAAACAAACUACCGCAAAUGCUGCAGAUAGUCAUUCAGCAUGGAAACAGACCCUUCAGUCCAACCAGUUCAUGCUGACCAUAAUCCCAAACUAAAUUAGUCCUACCUGCCUGCAGUUGGCCCAUAUCCCUCCAAACAUUUCCUAUUCGUGUACUUAGCCAACUGUCUCUUAAACGUUGUCACUGUACCCGCAUCCACCACUUUUCUCUGGCAGUUCAUUCCACAUAUGAUCCACCCUGUGUAAAAGAUUUGCCCAUCCUGUCCUUUUUAAGUCUUUCUCCUCACCUCAAAAAUAUGCCCCUGAGUCUUGAAAUCUCCCAACCUAGGGGAAAAAAAAACUGCCAUUGACCUGAUCUAUACCCAUCUUGAUUUUCUAAAUCUCUGUAAGGUCAACCCUCAACCUCCUACAUUCCACUGGAAAAAAUCUCAGCCUAUCCAGCCACUCCUUAUAACUCAAAUUCUCCAUUCCCAGCAACAUCCUCAUAAAUCUCUUAUGAACCCUCUCCAGCUGAAAUACAAAUAAUAAUAAACCUUAACAAUAGGAUCUGAAAUAGAACAGGAAAAAAUCAGCUACUAUCUUGCAAGAGAAUCAGAGUUAACUUCAGGGGUCAGCCUUCUGUAAGAAAUAGCAAAGGUUGGAUACAUGACAGGCUUGAAGUUUGUGCAGAGGAAGGAUAAAUCUAGGGGUGAGGAUGGUUAGCAGAGAAGUUAAGGGAAGCUGAGAUGUAGUAGAAAGUAAGGAGAUGAAAUAAUGAAAAGAUAAUGAUAUUGUUUGAUGUGAAAAAUAUCUGGAAUAAGACAUGCUAAAUAAAAGGUGUGUAUUAGGAAUUGUAAAUACAUCAUUCCCACAUUUUACUGCCAGGAAAAUUGGGAGCAGGAGUUAAGACCUCAAUUGUCGAAUAAGUUUCAAUGAUUGUGAAGUCCUGAAGCAUUGAGCUUGAUUGGAACAAUGUAGUAGGGGACCAAUCCCAUGUUGGGUGACCACUUCACAGAACACUUGUGUUCCAUCUGCAAGCAUGACCCGAAGCUUCCGGUUGCAUGUUAAUCUGAUUCUCUAACCCACUCAACUGUUUGUCCUUGGCCAGCGACAUUGUUCUACUGAAGAUCAAUGCCAGCUUGAGGAUAACACAUCAUCUUCUCGUUAGGCAGGCUUCUAAAGUCAUUUAAUUUAUCAAAUUCAGAUCAUAACCUCUGUCUUCCAGCUUUUUGGGUGCAGGGUGUUCUUGAUUUUGCUAUUUCUGUUGACAUUUUGCCUUCUAUUUCUUCAGUUAUCUCAAUACUAUCUCCAUUUGGCUUGCACUAAUCAUUUUGUCUUGUCUGCCUGCUGUCCUAUUCUAGAUCUUCCCCUUUGCUCUUAAUCUGCAAUACCAUCCUCUCCAUCUACCCUUGUUACACUUCUGCCAUUGCUUCAAAUCAGUUCCAUCUCAAAUUGUUUAUCAUUUAUGAUGACACGUCCUUGUGCUGAAAUCUUUCACUGUUUCUGUCUCCAGCAGCGAUGACUGACUUGAUGAGUUUUUCCAGCAAUUUUUCCUUUCACUAUAAGAAUGUAAUGCUGCAAGUUUUUUUUCUUGUUCUUGAUAAAGCCCCACAUUUCAUGACUGCAAUAGAACAUCCUAUGGUAUUGUCAAGGGAUCAUAUAAUAAAGAAUUUGGGAUUUUGAAUUUCAA